UACAUUUUUUAACAAAUCGUAUUUUAUUGUGACCCAUACAGAGUAUGUUCAAAAGCACCAAGUUCCCCUGUACCCUGCUCUUCCUUAAAGAGUAAUCUUUCCAUGGAUAAUAAAGUAGAUUUUAAAGACAGAGCUCAAACUUUUCAUCACAGUGCUAGCCAAGAGAUCUCAGAUGAGCUCAGUGACCAAUCUGCCAAAGAUUACCAAAGAGAACUGGAGUCUGUAUUUAAGUUGCUUGAAGAAAACCUUACGACAUUUAUGAAGACAGAGCUGCAGAAGUUUCAGACGAUUCUGAGUUCUGAUUACUCAGAAACUUUAGAAAAACAGGAGAAAGAAGAUACGAGAGACACUGAAGACCACGAACAGGCGAAAAGCGGCAGGGAGACGUUUCUAAAACUUGCACUCGACUUCCUGAGAAGAAUGAGAAAAGAUGACCUGGCCGAUAUUCUAUGGAACAGAACUUGCGUGACAGAAUGCACGCAGAAGCUAAAGUCUAACUUGAGGAAACGAUUCUGCUGCGUGUUUGAGGGCCUCGCUAAGGCAGGAAACCCAACACUUCUCAACCAGAUCUACACGGAGCUCUACAUCACCGAGGGGGGGACUGGAGAGGCUCAUGAUGAACAUGAGGUCAUGAAGAUCGAAGCAGCAUCAAGGAGACGACACGUGCAAGAAAACACCAUUAAACAGGAAAAUAUCUUCAAACGUUCACCUGGAAAGGACAAACCAAUCAGAACGGUGAUGACCAAGGGAGUUGCUGGCAUUGGUAAAACAGUCCUAACACAAAAGUUCACUCUCGACUGGGCUGAAAGCAAAACCAAUCAGGACAUCCUGUUCAUAUUCCCCUUCGCCUUCAGAGAGCUGAAUUUGCUGAAAGAGAAACGGUUCAGUUUGGUUGAACUUGUCCAUCACUUUUUUCAUGUAUGCAAAGAAGCAAAAAUCUGCAGAUUUGAAAAAUUCCCGGUUCUCUUCAUCUUCGAUGGUCUGGACGAGUGCCGUCUUCCCCUGGACUUCCAGAACAACGAGAUCCUGACUGAUAUCACCGAGUCCGCCUCUCUGGACGUACUGCUGACAAACCUGAUUGGAGGGAAACUGCUUCCGUCCGCACGCCUCUGGAUAACCACCAGACCCGCAGCAGCCAGUCAGAUCCCCCCUGAGUGUGUGGACACAGUCACAGAAGUCAAAGGCUUCACAGAUCUGCAGAAGGAGGAGUACUUCAGGAAGAGGUUCAUAGACCAGAAGCAAGCCGGCAGGAUCAUCUCCCACAUGAAGACGUCACCAAACCUCUUCAUCAUGUGCCACAUCCCUGUCUUCUGCUGGAUCAACGCCACCGUUCUGGAAUAUGUCUUAAAAACCUGCCAGGAAAGAGAGCUGCCCAAGAGCCUGACUGAGUUAUACAUGCACUUCCUGCUCGUUCAAACCAAAGUGAAGGAGGUGAAGUAUGACGGGGGAGUGGGGAGCGACUUAACCUGGAGUCCAGAGAGCAGGCAGAUGAUCCAGUCUCUGGGAAAGCUGGCUUUUGAUCAGCUACGGAAAGGAAACCUGAUCUUCUACGAAUCAGACCUGAAAGGGUCUGGCAUUGAUAUCAGAGCAGCUUCUGUAUAUUCAGGAGUUUUCACACAGAUCUUUAAAGAGGAGAGAGGGAUUUACCAGGAUAGGUUGUUCUGCUUCAUCCAUCUGAGUGUUCAGGAGUUUCUAGCGGCUCUCUACAUCCAUCUGACCUUCAUGAACUCCGGUAUAAAUCUGCUAGACAACAAUCAAAUGCCACAAAGGGUGUCUAAAGUCUUUAAAACCAAACCCAAUGUAAAGAAACUGCACCAGAUCGCUGUAGACAAGGCAUUGCAAAGUCCAAAUGGCCACCUUGACUUAGUCCUCCGUAUGCUCCUGGGUCUUUCGCUGCCGUCCAACCAAACGCUGCUUCGUGGGCUGCAGACACAAACGGCGUGCAGCUCCCAAACCAACCAGGAAACGGCCGAGUACAUCAAGAAGAAGAUCGGCGAGAACCUGUCUGCGGAGAAAAGCAUCAAUCUCUUCCACUGUCUGAAUGAACUGAACGAUCGUUCUCUGACGGAGGAAAUCCAGCAGUACCUGAGGUCAGGGAGUCUCAGCACCCGGAAGCUGUCUCCGGCUCAGUGGUCAGCUCUGAUCUUCAUCCUACUGUCGUCAGAGGAAGAUCUGAACGUGUUUCAUCUGAAGAAAUACUGCGCUUCAGAGGACGCCCUGCUGAUGCUGCUGCCAGUGGUCAAAGCCUCCAGCAAAGCUCUGCUUAACAACUGCAGCCUCUCAGGGAAAAGCUGUGAAGGUUUAUCUUCAGUGCUCAGCUCCCAGUCUUGCUGUCUGAAAGAAGUCGACCUGAGCAACAACAACCUGGAGGACGCUGGGCUGAAAGCCUUGUCUUCUGGGACGCUGGGCCGUCAAUGUAAGCUGGAAUCUCUGAGGUUAGCUGACUGCGACCUGUCACAGAAAAGCUGCGAGACUCUUUCCUCGUUUCUCAGCUCAAAGAGCUCCAGGCUCAAGACUUUGGUUUUGAAUUACAACAACCUGCAGGACGCAGGGUUGCAGCAGCUUUCCGACGGACUCAUGAGUCCGUACUGUAGACUGGAAACCCUCAGUUUGGCAGGCUGUGACCUCUCAGAGCAAAGCUGUGAAGUCCUGGGUUUGGUGCUCAGCUCGCCGUCCUGCAACCUCAGAUCACUGAACUUGACCAACAACAGCCUCGGAGAUUCAGGAGUGAAGCUGCUCUCCUUCGGACUGGAAGACAAACACUGUGGCGUGGAGACGGUUAUACUCUGUGGAUGUGAGCUCUCAGAAAGGAGCUGUGAGUCGAUUUCUAAGGCGCUCAGCACCAAGACAUCCAGACUGAGAGUCCUGGACCUGAGCAACAACAACCUGAGAGAUGCAGGAGUGCAGCAGCUAUCCAACGGCCUGGGGAGUCCACACUGCAAGCUGGAAACUCUCAGAUUGUCAGGCUGUCUGGUGACUGGGAAAGGUUGUGCUUAUCUGGCAUCGGCUCUGACCUCCAACCACUCGUAUCUGAUAGAGCUGGACCUGAGCUACAACUAUCCAGGACUCCUGGGGAAGCAAAUGCUGUCUUCUGAGCAGAAGGGUCCGCUUUGGAAACUGGCCACCCUUAGGUUGGAUCAUGAUGGAGAGAACAGGUUAAAACCAGAUUUUAGAAAGUAUCUGUGUGAGCUGGAGGUGGACACGUAUUCAGUCAACAGAAAGCUGAGACUGUCUGACAGCAACACGCAGGUCAGGCUGACGGAGGUCGAGCAGCCGUACGCCGACCACCCAAACCGAUUCCAACAAUGCUGGCAGCUGAUGUGCAGAAACGGCGUGACCGGCCGCUGCUACUGGGAGGUGGAGUGGAAGGGAAGCGUUCUCAUCUCCGCCAGCUACAAAGGGAUCAAACGAAGGGGAACGAAUAACGAGUGCCGGUUUGGGAGGAAUGAUCAGUCCUGGACUCUGGAGUGCUCUGACGUCUUUGGUUUCUCUGCCUGGCACGUUAACAGAGAAACCAGCAUCCUGACUCCCGCUACCUCCCAGAGGAUCGGCGUGUUUCUGGACCACCCUGCAGGAACCCUCUCGUUCUACAUCGCCUCCUCCGAGGCACUGAUCCACCUCCACACCUUCAGCGCCUCGUUCACUGAACCCGUUUAUCCCAGUUUUGGUUUGUGGACCGGAGGCUUCCUGUCGUUGCGUUCAGCAGCUUCAGACCAACCUUCUGCUUAAAGCCCUUUGAAUGGAACAGCUUUAAAUAAUUACAACUGUAUAUGAGGGACUGAGGCAAGAUGCUCGAGGAGUCACGUGUUAAUUCAACAGUUGGGUUUUUUAUUUGUAACCCAAAAAGCCAAAUUUACAAAAACUGUGGGUUCCAGAGCCAUAAAAGAGAUAAAAAGGGACACAAUUUAACUCAAGCCAAACUGUGCCCAAACAAACUGACUGCACAACCAAAUAUAACUGACCUCUCAAAGAAAUGACAGACAAGGGUAUAUUUACACUGGCUGAUCAGACCAUUAACACAAUAGAGGUGAUGAAACCAAUCAAACAAUCAUAAAUUACACAACAAAGCAGUACAGUUAAGUUUGGCAAUAAACUAAUCUAAGAAAAAUGAAAACACACCAACCUCUAAAUACAAGCCCUAAAUGAAAUUAACAAAAAAUAAAAA